GGGGAGUACGUGUGUAUAGAUCAAGCGAGGACGGGGGUCUUCCGCGGAACACGCACCUCCACAGAGGACCACCAGACAGAUACCCAGUUUCCGUGUGUUAGCGUGUGUGUAUAGUAUCUGCCAUCCUGCCUCAACGGAGACAUCGCCGGGCACUUAGAGACACUGCCCCUCCCACAUCGUCCAGCUUAGGUGAAUGAUCUGUAUCAGAGCUCCGCCCCUGCAGUCCAACGCUCCCCGAUGCUCCUCCUUCCUCUCAGGGGAUGGCCAAGGUCCAGGAUGGACAGACCAACGCAUGUGACAGCUCUGCGAUGUUAGAGGAGAACCUGGAUGCUAUGGAAAAUGGCAGCCUGACUACUGGCUCAGCAGCUCGACAGGUCACCCUCCAGCGUCACCCCACUCAAGGCUUUGGCUUCAUCGCAGGCAGCCAGAGACCCGUCAUCGUUCGCUCUGUCUCCACUGACGGCCCUUCCAUCGGGAAACUUCUGCCCGGCGACCAGAUCCUGGCUAUAAACGAGGAGCCGGUGAGCGAGGCGCCCCGGGAGAGAGUCAUAGACCUUGUAAGACGCUGCCAAGAGUCUAUUGUUCUCACUGUGCUGCAGCCCCACCAGUCGCCCAAGUCUGCCUUCAUAAGUGCAGCCAAAAAGGCCCAACUGCGAACCAACCCGCCAAAAGUGCGCUUCUCCGAGCAAGUGACCAUCAGCGACCCGGACUCAACAAUGCUCAAGGACGAAUCCCUGCUACUCAUACCAAACGUGCUGAAGGUCUUCCUGGAGAAUGGACAGAUCAAAUCCUUUACAUUUGAUAGCCGUACAACUGUAAGGGAUGUGAUGUCAUCCCUGCAGGACCGCCUCUCUCUUCGCUACAUCGAGCACUUUGCGCUGGCGCUGGAGGCAGGGGGGGUGGAGCAGAACCAGCGGCUGCAUCUGCUGCAGGAGAAUCAGCCUCUGUCACACGUGGUGCAUAGGACUUACUUCCAGGGGAUGAAGUGUCUGUUCCGCAUCUGCUUCUUCCCCAAGGACCCUGCAGACCUGCUCAGGAGGGACCCGGCCGCGUUUGAGUACCUCUAUAUACAGAGUCGCAAUGACGUCAUCAAGGAGCGCUUUGGAAUGGACUGGAAGUCGGACAUCACAUUGCGAUUGGCAGCCCUCCAUAUCUACAUCACUGUGUCCUCAGCUCGGCCCAAUCAGAAGAUUUCCCUCAAGCAUGUGGAGAAAGAGUGGGGUCUGGAGCCCUUCCUUCCCCUCACGCUGUUGCCCACUGUGAAGGAAAAGAAUGUCUGCAAGAGCUUAUCUCAGCUGCUCAAGACCUAUCAGCAUCCACCGCCAUCAGGAAACAAGGUUCCCCCGCUCCAGGGGAAGUUGCAGUACAUGAGAGUUCUCAAUGACCUUCCACCUUUCGGUGGAUUGCUGUUUCACACUGUUGGACUGGAUGAGAAGCAGUCGGCCACCACUCUGCUGGUGGGCCCCCGUCAUGGGAUCAGCCACGUCAUCGACCUCAAGAACAAUCUGACCACGGUGCUCUCCGAGUUUAGCCGCGUGUCCAAGGUCCAGCUCCAUCGAGAGAACCAGGGCGUGGCCCGGGUGGAGGUGUCCAUCCACGAGGCAAAGCCCCUGGUGCUGCUGAUGGAGUGGCCCGAAGCCAGCAACUUUGCCUGUCUCAUAUCUGGCUACUACAAGCUGUUUGUAGACCCCAAGCGGACCAUCUACUUCCGCGCACCUGGUCACUCCCACCUGACCAAAGCAGAUUACAGAGGCUCUCACCAUGCCCAUCCGCGCUCAGCAGCCUCUGGCUCAUCCAGCUCAGGGCGACGGGGAGAGGAACGGGACGGUUCGCACAGGGAUCCAGGGCCCUCCAGGGCCCUAGUGCCUGCAGAGCCCCAGCACCUGGGCCUGUGUCACGUCCACCUCCGAGAACAGCGGCAGAUGCAGGAAAUCCAGACGCAGGCUGAAGCUGACAUGGACAUCAAUGAGAACUUCCUUUCCCAGGAUGCCACAGAGAGGCCGCGCACUAAGUCUGACCCAACCCUGCAGAGCUCGGAGGAAAUUGCUGGAGCUGUGGAGAAUGCCGUACUAGAUAAUUCCUCUUUUAGAAUCCGAGCUCAAACGAUGAGUCAAUCGCAGAAAGCCAUGAGGUACUUCUGUGACUCGUGCAAAGCUCGGCUUAGAGCAGAGGGCCUGUCACCUGUAUUAAAUGGUUGCGGCAGCUCUGGGAAGCACUGCUCCUCCGCUUGCGCGUCCAGGGACGGGGGUGGGGCUGUUGACCUCAUGGCUAUUCCUCCGCCAGGAAACGAAGAGGAGGAUGAGGAAGCAGACCUCGGAGCGGGGAAGCUGCAACCGCCAACAUCUGCUAUCGCCGCCCCGCCUCCAGGGUUUAGAGACAACAGUUCAGAUGAGGACGACGCUAAAAGAGGAAAGAAGAAACGUGCUACGCCCAGUCCGGCCGCUGCCCCCCCUGGGAAGGUGGCCAAGGCCAAGGAAGACGUGCCUGUUACACUGAUUGAUAACGUGGCCACCAGAACAGUGCGGGAUCAUGCCCAGGAGCUUGAUGAUGCUCUCGUUUCCACUUUGCAAGCCCUAGAAGCUUUGGCAGCGUCUGAAGACUACCCCCAUCACCCCCAGCAGCCCACGCAGACUGCAGGACUGAUCGUGCUAGCUGCCAUUACACCCGAGUCUUCUUUGGACUCGGGCCAUGAGACAAACUCCUCAGAGUUGACGGACGUCUCUGAGAUGAUGUCUGCCAUGAAGCAGCAUCAGAACCAAGCUUAUCUACUGGCUCAUCAUAUUAACAAGGAGCGUAUCUUUUGCCGGCGGGACUUCCCUCUGGCCAUUCCCGGCUGUACAGCUCAAACCAUAGGGACUGGGGCUUUCUCUGUGGGUCAAAUCCGUGGUGGAUGCCCUCCUAAACAAGUGAUUCUCAGCAAGACUGUACCUUUAAAAGUCAAUCCAAGUCAAAAGACGUCAGAGCUUAGUGUUGUUGGGGAACCGGUAAGCGCUCGAAAACCUAGUCCAAGUGAGUCAAAGACUGAGGAGCUGAAAUCAAAAGAGGAAUCCACCAAAGGACAUUCUGCUGAGCCACCUUCUAAGUCAGCCAGAGAACCCAAAGUGUCAGAUCCACCAUCUCAAGUCCAAGGGAGUAAGGAUCAGAUGUUAUCCAAUUUGGCGGUGGAAAAAAAGAGUCACAAGAUUCCUGAAAGCAUCAAGGGUAAAGUAACUGCACCUAGGAGUAAUGAAUCCACCGCCAAAGCCUUACCUAUCCUUUUUACUGUGGACAUAAAUGCCUCCAACCAGAACUCCCUAAAAAACAUGUGCCAGGAUGCCAAGACUGCCUGUAGUGAGACCAUUAAGCCUUCAAGCUCUAAAGAACUUCUACCAAUCGAUGAUCUUUUCUGCACAUGCCCAGUACGGGCGGAGCCUGGGCCUCAGCUCAGAGUCAAAGAUCCACACAUUCAGAAGAUGGUAGUAUUUCAAUCCUCAUCCCCCACAGAUGAUGAACGUCUACAGGCCAAGGUUCUGCAGCUGACGAAUAGCAAAGAUGUGUCAGUACGGCUGGGAGGAGCAGACCCCAUUUUGGCUAAAUGCAGCCCUAAGGUCCAAACAAAGUACUCCCCUCACAAGCCAGUGAAAGCAGAGACGUGUGACAAAAAAACAGCAGCAGAGGAUAAAGCAGAGGGGUCCCAGAGCAAAGCACAUCCUGAGCAACAGAAAUGUCCCCCGCCAAAGUCUUUACCUAUUUUGGAUGACCCGACACAACCCAGCUCCUCUGUAGACAAGGUCUCCACCCUACCAGCCAGUGACUCAAAGAAGCCGAGCAGUGGUAAGGGGAAGUCACAUCGUAGUGCCCCAUUCCUAAGCUUUAGAAGCCUGCUGUCAGCGACAUUCCCAGCAAGAAUGCGGCGGGAGACGGACGAGCGAAGGGCUCAGCUGCAGAAGGUCCGGCAGUAUGAGCUGGAGUUUCUAGAAGAGCUUUUGAAGCCCAAGUCGUCCCAAGCAGAGUAUCUGCCCCAGGGGUCCUCACCUGUACCUUCAGGUACACCCUGCGCAUGUCAACUUCGCACCAGUCCCGUUUUGAAGGCCCCAGGUAUCUCUCGGGAGCAACGUCGCAGUUGUGACUGCAAGAGAAUGUGCAGAGGCAUGCGUCUCCCUGACACGCCGGUCGGAUCCACAACAGAAAUAUCCCAAAGAGGCAGAGAGAGGAACGCCUCCCAAACCCCCCCUGCGGUCUCAAAAGCCCCUCACAGUCAAGGCAGUACACGGAGGCCGCAGACCCUAGAGCUGAAGACCACCAGAAUCCGCUCUACCAGCCUCGAGUCUAGAGAGCCCAGAGGGGAGCAGGCGUCCUGCUUGCCUACCUGCACCUCUCAAACAGACUGCAUGGGAGCACCACAGUAUAAGAAGCUUCAGAGGCGCUACAGCAUUGGAGAGGUGGACAACAGCUCCAGCACACCCGUAUAUGCUGAGGUCAAACCAAAAGCAAAGAGUCUUGAGAAGGAAAUGGAAAGAGUGAGGGCCACAGGACUGAGGCUUCCGACGCCUAUUGAGCCUGUCCACGCCCAAGCUCACCAAGCAGAGGGGAAGGGGAAAAAGGGUGUGUUCUUCAUUCAGGGUGAGGAGCUUUUACGUGAAAGUAGAGAAGGGCCUAAUGAGGUGCUACUCACCAUACCAAGUGAAGAUAGUGACGAUAGGGAAAAGUGUUGUUCAUUCUGUUUCUGCUACAGAAAAUGUGAGGCAGCAGAUGAAAGCAGUGAGAAGGAUGAGCUCUCAUACUCUAUCCCCCUUCAGAUUCUACCAGGAAUGCAGAUUGAUUCACGCAGCCUACCCAUAGUCAGCAAAACUCUCCAGGUCCUCAAUGCAGAAGACUGUAGUGCCGAAGAAGAGGAACUGGAAGAAGAAGAACCUGAAACACAGGAAAUCGACCUAAGAGCUUGUGGAACAUUGGAGGGGAGCCUUGCCCGAGUCGAGGCUCUGCAGGGGAAGACAUUUUCCCUGCCUGAUGGCUUUCUGAACGCCCAGCUGGAUGCUAACGAGCUGUUAGCUAUCCUUCGGCAGUGCGCUAACAGUCCACAAGCUGAAGGGGAGGCCCGUCUUCAGCCUUUACGGGUUAAUGAGUACAAGCAAGAGCUAGCAUUGCGUUUUAAAGAGUUCCGGGCAUCCUGCCGACGAGUGGCAAGUGUCGAGAAGAGCCCGACACGUAUGCUUGCUGUGGUAACGGCUAGCUUUCAGGUGUUGUGUGACCUGACUCAGACCUUUAUCAAGCUGGUCCGAGGUGUGCGCUCAGAGAAUCAAAGGCUACAGCUGCUAAGAAAGGUUGAAGAAGUGGCUAUCAACUAUACUUUGCUUCUACGCGCAGCAGAGGAGUCAAUGGGACAUUCAAGCAGCCUCCCAUCGAAAACCAUGAGCCCUCAAAUUUGCAGCACUAGUAACAUGAGCUCUCUCACUCGACCCAUCAAGACAUUACCCACUCCGUAAAGAUUAAAAUUAGAGUGGACAUUCAAGUGUAUAGGAGGGUGCUAGCCCAGAUCAUCAUCAUCACUUAUUUAUUGUUUACAUUUUUUAAAGAUGUGCUAAGAUCCAUAUCAAAUAACAUUUACAAUGCAGCUGUUUCCCUUCAUGUUUACAGGCACUGUGGAAGCCUAGUGGAUUUUUUGGUUGAACUGAAAAGAUAUGAGAUGAAUGCACAAAGGAUAAAGGACCGGUAGACACAGGGCUAUUCACUUCACAUUCAAAUACUUCAAAAAGUGAAAAUGAUAUACUAUUUUCUAUGUAAUGUAUAUUUAACUUGUACCUUCUUAGCAAAUAAUAUACAAUUUUAUGUUAAAAAAGAUAUGUGAAAAUAUUAUUUUAAAAUAAUUAAUUUAAAAGAGAAAAUAUAGAGAACCUAAUAAAUAGUCAGACAUUAUUAUGUGCUCUGGGCUAUUAUACUGCAGAGAGCUUAUCAAGUAGCGACUUCUGUGAAUUAGCUAGUCCAAAGCAUUGGUUUUAUGGAUGGUGAUGUGUUUGUGGAAUUUCCUGACUGUUGUAAAAGAAAAUGGGGAUCUAUCUUGGCUGUACUGUCGGAUGUACCGUUAUCAAAGCAAUCUCAAUAUUAUUCAGAAGGUAAAAGACAAGUAGGCUGGGGAUACAUUUGAUCUAUGACGAAAAUCUUCCCACUAGUAGAUCAAAGUGCAGGGUAUAAAGCUACCUGCUUUGUGCCAACAAUGUAGCUAUAGGCCUACCCGAGUUGCUAACUGCUGCUGCGUUUCUACAGUAGACCUACUGAUUGAAAAUUAGCUGCAUUUACAGUGUAGUUUAUUUGCAUCUGCUGUGAGCCCAAAAAGGCAAAACACCAACUGCAGUUACUUUGUCAGGGUAAAAAAAAUAAAAGGCUACUUGCUAAUGUGCACCCUUAGCGCUGGAAUCAAGCGUCUCAAUUAGUGCUCUGUGCCAUUAAUUAUAGUCUCAACAAUCUGGGUCAGCAAUCGGAAUCAGCUCUGAAGUUGUAUCUCUUUGUAUAGUUCAGUGCUUUAUAUUUGCUGCUGUUGAGAACUUCCCAUGAUUCAUUUCCAGAACGACAGGUUUCAUCAGUUAAUUUGUUUGAUUCAGGUUUUCAGAUAUAUAGGCCUAUAUGCUCUCUACGUGCUGUUAUAGAUUGUGCAAUGCAGCAAAUAUUUAUGAAUCACACAAAGUAGUUUUCUAUGUAUUUUAAUAAAACUAACACCUCUG